AUGGAGUUGCUAGAAGGUGAGAUUUCAUUGCUACGUAGAGAAGUACUUGAUUACAACAUCGGAAAGUACGAGACGUUCCACGAUGCUCUGGAGGGCGAAAUGGAAGGAUGCUUUAUAAACAUCGUGUUCUUUGGGAUGCGUGGCUCCGGAAAAUCCGCUUUGAUUAAUUCUAUUCACAAGGCUUUAGAUCUCAAUGAAGAGCCCGCCAUAAUUGAAACUACCGGUAAGGAUGGAACGAAGACUUUGGAGACUUUUGUUCUUCCGGGAAUUCCAGUAAAGCUUUAUGACACGCGUGGAUUUUUCGCCAUGGACAUUACAGAAGAAGGUAGGUUAUGUUAAACUUUAAACUACUUGUCGAAAUAUUUUGAAUAGUAAAGUGUACAACCUUGCGGGCUAAUGAAAAACUCUCUCCUCUCGAAAUCGGCAAAUCGUUAGCAAACGAAAAAUAAUCAUACCGGAAGUGGACGGGCUGACGAGAUAUGCUUAAAUUACUUAGACACCGUUGCUUGAUCGGCUCUCAAACGUGUGCUCGCAAUUUUAAUGAAAUCUCAUGCUUUAUAUUAGAAACUACCUUUUGGGGAAGCCCAACCUUAUUUUUGCAAUCUGUUAAUUACAUAGGCACUACCCCUUAUUCGGCAGCCUGUAUAAGUAACAGGCGCAAAUUGGUAAGUGAAGGAGAGAUAUUUUGAGCCUUGUGAUUUUAUAAAGGGAACGAAGUCGAUUAUGGUAACGGAACAUCAGCAUAUUUUUAUAUCUAAAAAUCCUAGCCGGUCUCUUUGCUGAUUUAGUUUCAUUCAAUCUACUUGUCACUUUCAUCAAGGGUUGAAAAAUAUCACAUAACCAAUGACAAGGUUGUCAUUUUUGAUGGACAGGCGAGCUUAGCAUGGUAAUGUUACACACAAGGUGUAGAAUAUCGUUCUUCAACAAAUAUCUUAAAGCUGACGGUACCAGCCAUAAACGGGGAGAGGAAGGGAAGCUAAAAAGAGGGGGCUGGGGAUUUAAAUACAGUCGACGAAAAAGCGAAACUCAACAUUAAAUUAAAUUGAAGGAAUGAAUGAAUGAAUGAAUGAAUGAAUGAAUGAAUGAAUGGAGGACUUUAUUAAAGUUUCAAUGGUAUUUAGCUUAAAGAAAACUAAUUAGGGACGCUGUUUACACAUUAAAAUAUACCUAAGCUACAAUUAUAAUUCAACAUUUCACGUCAAGCUGUACACUUGAAAAAACACGAUUUUUGUGUCUGCGGAUUGAUACUAAUAAUUUAUUGUCUGUAUAAACCCAUUAAAUAAUAAAAUUAAAACAUUUUUCCUUGGUUAUGUUAGAAAGGCUCCCUUUAUAAAAUUCAGAUCCCUUUAGAAUCCAGUUAAGCCGAAAACACUUCUGCCGCCCUGUAAAUAUCGAUUCUAUUAAGAUCCAGCUACGGUUUAAAUUCAAAUGACUGUACUUGUUGUGGAAAAAUUAUUUAAAUGGCUGCAGUGUCUUAUUCAAGUUGUCCAAGAGAAAAGUUUGUCUUUGCAGCUAAGGUCUUUUAAACUCAUUUCCUUAAGUUUUUCUGCCACCUGGUAGUGUCUCCCCUGUCCAAGUGAGAUGCUUUGCUGUAAAUUACACCCACUCUGAAUACAGUUUUCCUCUGUUGUAAUGCUUGGGACAUUAAAUGCUACUGAUGAUUGGUGCACGAAGAAGGUGGCUUUGAAGUCUCCUCCUUGUGAUUGCCUUAGUAGAUGAUGCAGUUCGUAGAGACAUCCAGGAAGAAUUGGACCAGAAAUCUAAAAGCUAAAAUUAUUUACACUUCAACUCAUUAUGUAUAGAAUAGAUAGAUAUAUGAAUAAGUCAAUGGCGUAUAAGGACUCAGUAAAAUAAGCUCAGAAGAUAUUAAAUAUAGAUAAAAUGUAAAAUUCAAAGCAUCCUAGAAGCAUUCACCACAGUUUUUACAAUUAUUUAUCAAGAGUGAUAGGUCUUUGCCAUUAAUACUGUUUUUAAAACUCAUUAAAUUAGGAUUCUCUUUAUGACUUUCUUCUAAUCUAUUCCAAAGAUGGGACCCAAAGUAUAGUAGAGAAUGUUUUCCAAAGUGUACUAUUCGAAAACGUGGAAUAUUGAAAUCAGCGUUCCUCAGAUUAUAUCGUUUCGGGGUAGUAUUAAAUACUUCUGUUAUAUAGGAGGGCAUAAGUCCGUUUUUUACUUUAUACAUGAAAAUGGCGAUGUUUUGUAACCUUUGUUGGUACAGACUUAGAAGACCUGCUCUUGUAAGUAGCUCGCUGCAGGUCUCCGAUUUGGAUCUAAAGACUGCCCUGAGUGCCUGCUCUUGAAUUCUUUCCAUUUUCUUCUUAUCAGAUGAUUUGUAAAAGUGCUAUACAAUAUCACAAUAUGUAAGGAGGGGACAAGUAUUAGACUUGUACAGCUGUAACUUUGCAGUACAUGGGAUUAAAUUACGUCUCAGUAAGACCCCAACCUUACAGCUCGUUUUCUUGCAAAUAUUAAUGAUAUAUCCACUAAAUGUCAGUUUGUUGUCGAUGGUUACGCUGAGAAUUUUGAGAUAAUCAGAUGAUUUAACUUCGUGUCUAUCGAAUUUCAUCGUCAAUUCAUGCCCACGGGUUUUCUUGGAAGGUUGUGGAUCUGUAAAUAGCAAGGAUCUGGUAUUUCUGAGGGUUGGCUUGCAGUAAGGUUUUCGCUGUACCAUUGUGACACUGCCUCUGUUUGUCACCUGAGAGUUUGGGUGGCCUUCAGUAUAUCAUUGUCAUUGGUGUAUAUUUGAUGGUCAUCAGCAUACAUAAAUAGAUUAGCAGACUGCCUAUGUAGUGGGAGAUCAUUUUGGAACACGUUCCGGAGUAGAGGCCCGAGGGAGGAGCCUUGUGACACCCCCUUUUUUAUUCUUUCCAUCCGCUGAGCGCUUCCUGUAGUUUGACACUGUUUUUCAACGCUCAAGAAAGGAUCACAUAAGAUUCUGUGAUGCUUCGGAAAAGCCGUAUGCUUUGAGUUUCUGAAUCAUUAGUGCGGGGUGCAGCGAAUCAAAAGCUUAGCUCAUAUCAGUGGAUAGAACAGUCACGAACUCUUUAUUGUCGGCAGCCAUUUUCCAGUCAAAGGAGAUAGGAGAAGGGAAGAGGAGAAGAAGUUAAUAAUAUAGUAUUAUUGAAGUACGUAUUCAAAUCCAAAAAUGAACCACGCUUACAAAAUAAUAAGUUUGUUCCAUAUUAUACACAGGGGAGCUGUUUCGUAUUCUGUUUGGCAUUCACCGACCUGGAGAAGACUUGUGUCGAGAUCACGUGAGCGCACAACUAGCGGUUGCCGCUGGCCCUGCUGCCUGUAGAUUAGAAAAACGCCCCCUGGUCGAACAGAUGCAUGUUGUCUUUUGGGUCAUACAAGGUGUCGACAUCAGAUUCGAGGAGGGAAAGUACAAAGAAAUCAUAAAAUUUGUACAAGAACAGUUGCAAAGUGCAAGUGAGUUGAUGAUAGUUGUAAUUAUGAUAUAAUUUUGAGUAUCAUUAUGAAAGGUAAGGUGUAAACAGAUAUGUUUGUCAUCCAAUGCUAUUAAUUGGUUUUCUUUUGGAGGAUAUUCCUCGAAAAGUAACCUCCCAUUCCUUCCUUCGUCAAAUCAUAAUGGUGGGUGAUUGUUAUGUCAAGAGCUUUUGGCAAAGCCCACUUCAUUUAAUGAAUGUGCGUUCUACAAUAAGUACUCUUGGACUUGUUUUUUUUACCAUCUUCAGGUGUGGAUCUUAUUCCUCAUCAGCAUAUCCAAGCUAGCCGUUGUUAAUCAAAUCGGAGAUUUGUAGGAGCAUCAUAUAUAGAAUUACAUGUACGCUAAUUCAGAGAGAAAAAAAUCAGUAAAUAUGCAAAUUAGACGACUGAUCGAGGCAUGGUGAUGUCAUUCACUCAAACCAGUUUUAUUUCGGGUCUUUUUACCUACCUUGCCUCGACAACGAGUUUGAAAACAACAAAAGUUUCCCUCAAAAGCGAGGAAAAGAAAACUAAUUUUCAUGCGCAUAAAAAAGUGAUAAUCGUGUCCGUCUUUAUGACAGAGGUCUGUUCACACUGUCAAAAGAAAGGUAUGACCCACACUGAUUAAGUCGACUUAGAGCUCAGCAAUGUUUGCAGUGUGACUAAUUUGUCAUCGUCACUUUGCAGGAAUAACGGUAUUUACUGUCAUAACAUUUGAUGACGAGAUCCAAAAGAGGCCCAACGCUGAUGACGAGAGAGAGAGGUUGACCAAUAAAGCUAUUGAAGUCACCGGUGGUGACAAGAGGAAGGUGUUUUUCAUUGCCAACCCAGCACGAGGACAAGACCUUGAUCCCUUGUACAAGAAAAGAGUCUUGGAAAUGUUGGAACAGGCAUUAAAAUGCGGUGAGCGGUCAAUCAGGACGCGACAAACUGACAGGGAGAGCUCUAAGAAGCAGGCACGGAAUUCAAAGUCGGAAGUUGAUGGCCUCAGGUUUCCAGUCCCAGUGGAGAAUGACGACGAAUCUCCACUCACGGCCUUGACGUACAAGCAUAGCUACGAUAGUUAA